CUCUCACGUGACGGGCCACCCUGGUUCCGCGCCGAUUGCAAGUUUUGGGAGGAAAGGAGGAUGGAGGGAGGAGGAGAGGAGGAGGAAGAGGGAGAGGAGGAGUGGCUGCUGGAGUCCUUGAGACUGUACAACGAUCUCCACCUGUUUGAGCUUCACGAUCCCACCAGAGUCAUUGAGUGGACGGGAGAAAAAAGUAUCUGUGUAGCGGGGUAUGAAAACGGAAGACGGAAUGAAAUCCUCCAGCUUCUCCUGCCUCAGAGGCUGUACGCAAAGGAGAACCAGGGCUUAUGUCCAGAAAGAGAUUUCAAGGUUGAACAUGGUGGAUUUUCCGAUCACCCGGUCUACAUGCUGAAGCACGUGCCAAAGACCAGGAGAGCUUUCCUCCAUCCGAUUUCUCCAGGUCAUAAGAUUCUCCAAUCCACAAUUACAUCUCCCUUUCUGCAGCCGUUAAAUCGGGAUUCCUUAAACACCCACCGCAAGAGCGAUGUUAUUAAGCCCCUCUACACUGUCCGUACCACGCAAGGAGAGAAGCACUGCUGGGCAAAGAUUGCAACCGCUUUCUCCAAAUCGGCGUGGGUCCUUCAUGGCCUGCGGGUCAGCGAUGUUCAGGUGACCGAGAUGGAAUCCAGGAGAACCGUCUUCGUGGCAGGCUCCACAAACACCGACAAGGUUGCCACCCUGGAGUUCCUGGACGAAGCCGCCAUCCUGGCCUGCGGCACGAAGGGUCAGCUGUUUCUGGCUGACACCAGGCAGCCGCAGGGUCUCCUGCGGGUCGCUGAGGAUGCCCAGGUCUCUGAGGCGCUGCCUGGGCAGAGCUGGUGUGCUGGAGUUUGCUGCGCCCCCCUGCCAUCCUCUGGGGACAGGCGGCUGGUGGCCCGCCUCUCCUCUGCCGGCCGUGUCAUGCUGACGGACCUCAGAAACCCCGUGAGACCUGUGAAGAUGGCUCGGUGCUGUGUGCCCACGGGUGGCCUCUGUGGGGCAGAGUUCCUCUCGGUCUCCUUUGCCCCUCUGCUUGGAGAACACCUGGCUGUCUCAGGCUUCGAUGGAACCGUGCGGGUCUACGACACACACAACUGGGGCCCGUCCGUGCAGGACGCCAAACCGGCCUUCGUCCACAAAGGGCACGUCUUCAGCGAGGUGGGCAAAGCUGGAGUCGCAGCCCCGGUCGUCACAGCCCACGCCUGGCACCCCUCCAAGCCCCGGACGUUGCUGUCGGCGGCGAGCGACGGGUCGCUGCACGUGUGGGACUGGUCUGAGCUCUGCGCGGCCAGCUAGCCCAGUUCUCUACACUGCACAUUGGAGAAACGAAGAGGUCCAGUCGCACACACACCCCCUGGAAGCAAUUGGAUAUCUUGCAAAGGAGGGUUUUUUUUUGGGGGGGGGUUGCAUCUUUGUGGAGCUCACCCUGCGCGGCAGUUCUUCCUACUGAUUUGUCUUUUGAGCAAAGUCCAAACCCAAUACCUUCAGUGCUCUGUGGCUACAAACCUCUGCCCAUUGUGUCACAUAGGAACACAGGACAGAGUGGUCAAAAUGAAGCAAAUGAGGCUGCUUACAAAACUGGGGGUCUUUUCAGUGUUGCCCUCCUGCCCAAAAGAGAACCUGAUGCCUACACAAUGACCUUUUAAGGUACCAGGUUUGUCCUUCUUUUUACAGUUGUUGUACCGGUGUCGUUUCUGAUUUUAUCCUGCGUUACAUUUCGGUGUCCUGUUUUAUGUUUCUGGUUUUUACUUCUGACCCGCCCAGACAGGUGUGCCAACUUGAAUAUAAUAUUGGGGAGGACAGCAGGUAAGCCCUGCUCCCCCUUAACCGAUCGCAAGGUGUGGCAUGCAUCCCCCCCCAAUUUGAAUGGCAAUACCCAGUAACUUUGGAAGGGCCUGGUACCCUCAAAUAUUUUAUGGGGUGCAAAGACCCCUCGGCCCCUAGAAGUUGGCUCCUAUGCGCCCAGAGGACUUUUGUCGUCAGGUGGUGGCUCAAUAUAGGAGUUAAAUAAAUUGGUGGUGCAGACAUUGUGCAGGGGAGAGAAUUAGGCUCUGUAGGUCUCAGCUGCUGACAUCAGCAAAGGGGAAAGCAGUUUGUGGGCUGCCUCCCCUUCUGCCUCUUAAAUAUUGCUGCAGUGCAUUUGCUCUCCCCUCCCUUAAACAGAUUGUAGGUACAGUCAAAGUUGCUCAGUAGAAGCCGUCUUUGCAUUCUGGCUUUCAGGGGUGGCUAAGAUCAACGUGAGGUUAGCGACCCUUCAGACACAAAUGGGCUGUUCUGCUCUUCCCCCUUAGGAGCAGAGGAAGAGGGGAAGGGGUCUCAGAGGGUCCUUGCCUGCCAGCUCCCUUAGGACGUCACGUUCAAACAGUUUUAUGGGGUGCGUGCAGGAGGUUUUUUAAAUUUUACCCGUUAGGAUUGUGCAAACCACACAGAGCCCUGUAAAAUGGGGUGUGGACCCCCUCGUCACUAUUUCGAAGACCUCCUUCCCUUAUUGUUCAUGCAAUCCAAAGCAGUGAAUAAAACAAAAGACCAACUUAUCAGUGAAGCCCUGGCACUUGGAAUGCUGUACUUAAGUCUAACAAUAAAUGAGUUUUCCUAA